UAAUUUCUUCCAGACGUGGGUCACGUAACGUUGUUGACCUUUGAGAAGCCAUUUUCAUCAGAAAGUACCUAGUUGAGUCACAGGAGAGAAAAAAAGGACAGUGCCCAGGAGGAGUUGGUAUAUUCAGUAACAUUGAGGGUCUGUCUUGACAUACCAACCCUCAAGUUGCUGUGAUAAUGUUUUCCUUCUCGACGACGUUCCAGCCACAGGUAACAAGUCAACUCAUUAGCCAACUCAUCAGUGCCCUUCAUUCCCUGAAGAAUUCAGCCAGCUCCACGGUAACAGCUUCUGUCCAGGGUCUGCAAAAAGAUGUCACACCAGAGCAGGACCCGCUGCUCACAGAGCCCUCUGUGAACCUGAGGGACCUGGGGCUGUCAGACCUGAGGGUGGGUCAGUUGGAUGAGCUGCUCAACAGGUUACUGCCAUCACUGGGCUCGGAAGACGGCCCAGCCACCUCAAGAUGGAGGACGUCCCAUGUCUCCACAGAAUCUUUUUUCCACAACAAACAUGGGUUGUCAAACACAAAGUUGGGUGUUUUUGGAUCGCCAAUGUUCCACAGACCAAACCAGAGUCCUCUACAAGUCGUCUGUUCAGAGCUCCAAUGCUGGCCUGUAAGGGUCCAGAACCGAGGCUUCAAGACUCUGAGGAAGAGCAGACGCGUGCAGUCUGGUUAUGCGGGGCCUGCGGAACCGGAGGGAUACACCACAACCUUCAUGAAGGGUCUCCUCCUGAGACCAGACAAGGCCCCGGAGGCAGAGAGUCUGGACCAAGUGGUAAAGCUGAAGAACCUGCCAGGUGACCAACAAGAUUCUUUCAAGUCUGGCUUCACAGAGGGCUUCAUGAAGUCCCAGGCCUUCACUCAGAGGACACAAGACUCACUAAGGAGGACCAGGCUGAUUCUAUUGGUCCUCCUCCUCGUGGGAAUCUACGGCCUGUCAAGAACCCCGUUUCUCUCGGGUAAAGGCUCCUUUUCUGAUGCUGUGAGGUUCCGCACCACAUCAGGCCUGGACUCGCAAGUGGACCCAGUCCAGGUGAAGAGUGUGACGUUUGAGCACGUCAAGGGGGCGGAGGAGGCCAAGAACGAACUGCAGGACGUGGUCGAGUUCCUCAAGAACCCCCAGAAGUUCACUGUGCUGGGAGGGAAGCUGCCUAAAGGCAUCCUCCUGAUCGGCCCCCCAGGCACAGGGAAGACACUCCUGGCUCGGGCUGUAGCCGGAGAGGCCGACGUCCCCUUCUUCUACGCCUCGGGAUCUGAAUUUGACGAAAUGUUUGUUGGUGUUGGAGCUAGCCGCAUCAGGAACCUCUUCAAAGAGGCAAAAGCCAAUGCACCUUGUGUUAUCUUCAUUGAUGAGCUUGACAGUGUGGGGGGAAAGCGGAUUGAGUCUCCAAUGCACCCCUACUCCAGACAGACCAUCAACCAGCUACUGGCAGAGAUGGAUGGGUUCAAACCAAAUGAAGGGGUCAUCGUUAUUGGCGCUACAAACUUUGCAGAGGCUUUGGAUAAUGCGCUGGUAAGACCAGGGAGGUUUGACAUGCAGGUGACUGUCCCUCGGCCCGACGUGAAAGGACGCACGGAGAUCCUCAACUGGUACCUUCAGAAGAUCAAAGUGGAUCCUAACGUGAACGCAGAAAUCAUUGCUAGGGGGACGGUGGGGUUCACUGGGGCGGAGCUGGAGAACCUGGUGAACCAGGCGGCCCUGAAGGCAGCGGUGGAUGGCCUGGACCUGGUCACCAUGAAGGAACUGGAGUUCUCCAAGGAUAAGAUUCUCAUGGGUCCUGAGCGCAAGAGUGUGGAAAUCGAUAAGAAGAACAAGCAAAUCACAGCCUACCAUGAGUCAGGCCACGCCAUUGUGGCGUAUUACACAAAAGAUGCCAUGCCCAUUAACAAGGCCACCAUCAUGCCCCGAGGACCCACUCUCGGCCAUGUGUCCAUGCUCCCAGAGAAUGACCGAUGGAGCGAGACACGUGCUCAGCUCCUGGCCCAGAUGGACGUCAGCAUGGGCGGCCGCGUGGCCGAGGAACUCAUCUUCGGCGACGAUUACAUCACAACCGGAGCAUCAAGUGACUUCGACGGGGCAACUAAAAUAGCCAAGAUGAUGGUGACCAGGUUCGGAAUGAGUGACAAGCUUGGUGUCAUGACCUAUGCUGACCUGACUAAACAGAGCCCUGAGACUCAGGCUGCCAUCGAAAAGGAAGUGAGGGUCCUGCUCAAGGACUCGUAUGAGCGAGCCAAAAACCUCUUGAAGACAUACAGUGACGAGCACAAGACGCUGGCUGAGGCUCUGCUAACGUACGAAACGCUGGACGCCAAAGAGAUCAAGCUGGUCCUAGAGGGCAAGUCCCUGGACCCUAGAUGACUCUGUGGCUGAGUCAGUUAGACAUCAGGGUUGGGUUUAAUUCUAGUUAAUUCAGAAAGUAAACCAAAUUCUAAUUCCACAUUUUUUUUUUCCUCAAUGAAAAGCAUUGACAAGAAUUAGAAUUUCAGUGUACUUCUUGAAUUAACUGGAAUUAAAAUGGAAUUGACCCAAACCUUGUUGGACAAAUUAUAUGUAUUAUAUAAAUAUGAAAAUGUGCAAUGGAGUGGAGGCCUUUGUAGUAUUUUCUCUUUCUCAAUGUAAAUGACACACUGAAUUUGUGUUUUAGCCAAAAAUCACAUUUUAUUUUAUCCAUCUUGAUUUUGACACCUCAAAGACAUUAAUGUUGGGCAGACAUUCCCAUAUGGCAGCUUGGUCAACAGAGACAAACGCCUGUCGAUAGAUUAUUUUUAACACCCCAAACUCAGUGCCCCCCUUCUGUUGCCAUUUAUUUGAGAAAUAUUGUCCUCAUGCCCCCCCCCACACACUUGCAGUCUGAGAUUGUGAGUUCGCCCCCUUUAAAAGUGUAAGUUGUUUCAAUCAAGAAAGUGCUGUAGCAGUUUUGGGCAUGGAAGCCUCAUGCAUUUGAUAUGUUAUCAAAGUUAUGAGAGGGGAAAAAUGGUUGCUAUUGGUCGCAGUCAAGAAUGUAGUGGUGGGCGAACUCUGAUCGCAGUGAGUAAAGUAACGCUCCCUAUACUUUCAAUGCAUUCUUCCGCAAAAGGUGGGUAAAUGCUUGGCCAAAAUAAAAAGGUGCCUAAACUGCGUUCACCCUCCACUACACCACUAGUUGCAGAUCUUAUCCUACUAGACCUAUAGCCUUUUCACUGCAGAAUAUUAGUGGUAUUAAAAACCCAUAUGUUUUGUGGUAGGUGGUAUCAUUAAAGUGACAAUCGGCAGUUGAAACGACCAAGCAUCGCCCCUGUUUUAGUAAAAAGCUGAGGGAUGGGGCUGAAGUGUAACUGCUCCAAUUCAUAGAGCUAUGGAUGCAAGGACUGACCAUCCCAUUGUAUCAAAAUUCUACUUUAAACAAUGUUAUCAGCCUAUAGUGUUUGUUUACAUUUACUUUGGUUACAAACAUUGGAGUUAAACCCGCUUAUGUUUUGGGUUCUGACACGGUAUGACUGUUGAACUAAGCUCACAAAGCAUUUAGAAGCUAAAUUCUUCAAGAAUGAAUGGGUACGUAUAAUUAAUUUAAAAGUCCAAAAAACUGCAGAUUGUCCCUUAAAAAUGUGUUUAAAAAAAUAAACUUUCAUAUACAUAUAGAAUGUAAAUACAGAAUGGCUGUAACAGUGUUCUGACCCCUUUAUGAUGCCUCAGUGAAAUGUGGAACUGCUAUGGUUGACUCUCUGAAUGUGAAGUAAUUCAUCUGCAUUCACUUUAUGUAGUUUUCAUUUAUGUAUGUACCCAAAGUGUGCCAGAUUUGCCCUCUUCAGCUGUUUUAGGCCCACGUGCCCUCUUCUGAGCCCAAUAUGUAAAGGAAAUAUGAAGGGGGCUGUGUAUAUAUGUGUGUGUAAGGUAGAUAUACUUCAUCUCUUUCUCGUCAUUGUAAAUGGAUCUUGUGGAUGUUGAAUAAAAGUUAUUCUAAAAUCA